GGUUGUCAAAUAAUCGAUAUGCAUUGUGCGUAUGCACUGUACAUAUACGAAAAUUCUCUUCCCUACAUACUUUCUUUUUUUUCUUAAGGAAUAUGACGUUUGUAAUUUCAAUGUCUUGUUUGUAAUUGUAAUGUCUCAAACAAAUUUAUUAUAUGAGGAAAAAUUAUGCAUUUACCUAAAGGUUAAACGUGCAACGAACAUUAUCAAUGCAUGAGUCAGUACAGGGCAUUAAAAUUGUCCGCGAGGAUAUCUUUAGAAAUUGAUUUGGAAAACAGAGGUAUACACGUGCCUAGUUAUUCACAGGCCACGUUUCGGCACGUGUCAUUUUUGUUCCUCUUUUGUCGCUCUUUUCCAAUACGCUAUGAAUCAUCGAACCUUUCCCCGCUGCCACUUUGAUGUUCACCCAUCGACGCGGUAUGUAUUAUGAAACUGCUCAACUGUUUGUAGAAGGUUGAAGAAUAAAGUACAAAACGUAUCUGAAAUAUUUUAAAAAUACUCUGCCGUCAGAUCGUAAUGAUCUCUGUUGACCUUUCUUUCAGUCGCUCGGGUGAAACAGCGCGAUCAAAUUAAUUAAUCCCUGUUGAUGGGAAUUGUGUUCGUAUGAAACGCUGUAAACUAGCAUCGAUGGAAAAUUUCUUUCUAGACCAAACUCUUUUUUCGAGCUAACACGUGCGUAACGAAAUUACUUUCAGAUUAUUCUAAAAACGCUCGUGCACGAUCGAUGAUAUUGUCAAUUGUUUUUAUAAUACUUUACAAAGUAACAUUUCGUACGAUUUAUUUUUAUGCGUUUUAUAAUAUUGUCAAUAUUUUUUAAUUUGGUUUAUGAACAAUAUUAACAUUGUCGCAAGAUAUUAAGAUAUAAAAUACUGUUUCGUCCGGUGACUCUUUGACUAGCCCUCGAUCGAGGCGGCCCCGUCAAUAUAAUUAGUUGGACCGUAAUAAUCAUAAGGAACUAUCGUAAAACUAAGCAUUUCGAUUUGACCGUUAAGUGGUAUAAAACACCUUCGAGUCAAUGUGUAACCAUAUGGUUAUUGCUCCAUCAGGCAAAACGUGGGGAAACAUGAGAUUUCCCAUGUUUCCCAGGAUUUUCACCCGCAAACGACCGGUGGUGGGGCGACCAACACCCAACAAGAGUUUUCCUUUGCGACAGCAUCGUCACCGAAUUUUACUGGUUCUACGACUACAACAGAACAGUCAACAUCUCUGUACUGGGUUCACUACAUUAACUCAGUCAACAUUUCUUCGUUAUCUACAUCUACCUUUGAUCCCUCAUAUUGUUACGUCCGGUGACUCUUUACGUUCGAGGCGGUCACCAGCUGCACACAUAGAAUUAAGCGAAUCGCAGUAAUCCUAAGGAACUGUCAUAAAACGAGGCUCUUUGAUUUACCGUUAAGGCCGUUAAGCGGCAUAAAAGAUCUACGAGUCAAGAGGUUCCUUAUAGUUAUUGCUUCAUCAGGAAAAAAUUGGGGAAACAGGUUUUUUCAUGAUUUCGGCCGCAAGCGACCAGUGGUGGAGCGAUCACCACCAAGCAAGAGUUUUCCUUUGCAUCGUCGCCGAACUUCACUGGUUCUUCGACUUUAGAACAGUCAACAUCUCUUUAUCGGGUUUCCACCCUUCGAUCAUUCGCCUACUUAACUUAUACCUUACGUAUCAACGUAACUAUCUUCUCUACAAAGUUGUUGGAAAUAUAUACUAUCAUUGAACUGUUAAUCGAGCAUUAUACUCAUUAAAUUACCUCUAUUAUCUUAAACGAAGUAGGGGAUCGAUCAAUUUCGUGGCGUCGAUUGUAAAAUCGUAACAGGAAUUUACGACUGCCGUUGACGCGUUUCCUUGAGAUCGCGUCUCUCCGCGAACGGUCGGCAAAACAAAUACUAUUUCGAUAAUUUGAUAUCGUUAUCAGUUUAAAUACUAAGUUUAAUGAAGUAUUAUUAAGAAAAGACCAUUGGCAAAAAAUAUUAAAGUGACUCGGUACUAUCAUUGUCAAAUUGGAUUGAUCAAUAUUAUUAAUAGCGUGCGGGCCUAUUGAGCUUGGGAGAAAAGGUCGGUUGCCAAGCCCGUGUAUUUCUAUGGUGAAGAGUAAAGGUUAGCGUAAGUCCUUCGUGUAGAUUCCAGGAUGUACUUACUCUCACCAAGUUGCCUGUAAAAUAUUAAAUGGCGAGGUAUUUGAUCCUGAGCCUUGACACUGUUUAACAUACAACUUUUUAUAUAAAGAAACAAGAUAUGAUAGAUGGAUUUUUUGUCUGCAAGCGUGACAUCGUUUUACGAGCGUGGAAAGUGGUGUGAAGAAGGCUUAAAACAACGCGAAGGUUCAUCUAUCCGUCGUUCUCUGUUGUCCCUUUCACUGCAAACCGACCGCGUGGGAGGUCCGUUCAGGAUCUCAUAGUAAUUUUAACACGAACUAGUCUUCGUUCGCGGCUCAGUCUCUACCGAGGUGUCUUUCGCGGACAAUCAUCUGCCCUCGUGAAAUCUGCCCUCAACUUUUCGAAUCGACAAACUCCUGUAAUUAAAUGUUAGACUUACACGCGUCCAAGUAAAAUUCGUAAAGUGAAGGAAAUGCGUGCUUCGUUAACAUUUAGUGAGACGUUAAGCGAAAAGAGCAGCUAUUCGAUUGGAAAUAAUCGUCUGAAAAGGAUCAGUCGCUGUCUUGCUUUCCGAUCAUGUUAAUUACGUUAAUUACUCCAUUCAUCGUGUGGACGAAUGGUCUCAAUUAACCGACAGACAACCGGUCGAAAGAAGUCAACGAGAAGGCUGAUCUAAGUUCGAGGAACGAUCAAGAGAACGAUUUUAUUGAUCGCUCGUGAUCGGCGACAGAGUAGACGGUUCUCGUGGAUGGAAACUGGAUCAGUGAUUUCCCAUGAGAUCGAAAAUCCAGAGCGGCUGGCACAAAGAGGCAAGAAAUCGGUGAAAACGGUGUCUGAGAAAAGCCGAGCCAGAGAACGCCGAUACGCGCGUGCAACGAGAUAAUUGCAUCGCUUCGUAGUCAACUGCUAUUGCGUAAUGUUCGCAUUACCACCAUAGACGUAUGAGAAAAAAAGAAGUUGUAGCAACGACGACGCGUCAGGUUGUUAAACCUAUUUACCGUUUCGCGUUCACGCUUAUUGGAUACAGUCGCGGUUGUGUGGCUCUUCCUUCUCCCUGAGUUUUCGUCCUCGUUCCAUUGUUCCAAACGAAUUGCAUAAGCGUAUUCGCGGUGUUCGUCGACAGCCAGGAAGAAAUUCACGCGACGCUGCGACGAAGAUUUCAAUGAAAUUCGAGCGUUUAGCAUAAUUGACCGGCUGCUUGCUUCUACCCGUACAGAAAUCGUCGUCGAUUUCCACCGAAUUAACGUUUCAGCAAUUCUGAGUUGCAGUCAUCCAACGAUCACGAUUGCGAGUUAAGAUAGCGAAAGAAGCAGCAAUCUUCGCUAUGAACGUUCGUCUGAUCCGUGUGCCGUCUUUCAGAGCUUUGCCUUUCAAACACCAUUGAUAUCUCUUUCGUGUCUUCGUAACAGUCGGUAUACAUAUUUCGUUCACGGUCAAGUGCCUGUGAUUCCGAAACAGCAGGAAGUACAAAGCAAUUUCCGUUCGAGGUAUCCAGGUUAAUAUCGUAGUACAUAUUCACAUCUGAGAAAUACAGUGUCAUCGGCCAUGGGUCACCAUGGCAGAUACAACCGAAUUUUCACUAACCCUAUCGGAAAGUUGUGUGUGAUAACCUUUCUAACGUGAAUGGUCUCAGCUCUGGUUUGCGAUAAAAAACCGUUGACAUAAAAUUCGCCGAGCAAACAAUGAUGGAAAACGUGUAUGUGAUAAAGGUGAAAACGAAGCCAGCUUUGUCUUCUCUGUACCCAUCCGAACGACGUUAUUCGGCAUCGACCGUGGGAGGUUUGUCCUUCGUGCAUUUUGGUCUGGGUGCACUUUCCCUUCUGCUAGGCAGCUUGGCCUUAUCUCUUCAAGGUCCGAUCCUAUCGGUCGCGUGUUUGGUUCCUUUCGUGACCGGUCUACUCGCCUGGAGAAGAUGGUACAUCGAUAGGAACAUCGCUAUCUUCUUUUACGGAAAUCUGUUCUCCUUGAUAGCAGCGAUCCUCUGCUUCAUCGCCACAGUGUUCGACAUCGCAGCCGCUGCGGAGAGUAGAAGCUCUCUGUGGUCGCUGGAAAGAAUUCUCGAGCAGCCGCGAGAUCAUUCUGACCUGAAGAACGACACUCUGUUAAACGAGACGAUGCCACUCAGCGAAGACAAUUUCAAUCUCAGUAGAAUCUAUGAUCAAUCUGCAAAUAUUCGUCUUUACUCUCCCAUGCCUGGCAUUGUAUUUGAUAACAUGUCAAACAUAUCUGGGUACAUCUUGAGAACUUCGACGAUUGAUCCUGAGGAAGGUGAGACCGAAAGUCCUAGUAGAUCGUUCACUAACAGUGAUUCUAAAGACGAAGAGAAUUCGCCAGAUUCGGAUAACGUUACCGAAGAAUCCUUGAAAACGAUCAAGAGCAGAAUGAUGUCAUUCUUGUACAGAGAUCAUCAGCAGUCCUCGCAUACUAGGAUCUUACUCACAGUGAACGUGUUGGUGGCGUCUCUCCUCGAAGCAUUUUGGUCUGCACUGAGCGCUAGAAUAGCGUUGCGGGGGAUGAUGAAUCGGUUGCCAGAAAGCGGCUACGUGAAUGGAACAGUUGGAGAUAAAAAAUUGGAAGAAACAGCAGCGGGUAAGAGAAAACCAGCUCCAAGACCGGACAUUUUGGAUCACGAUCGAAGACUGUCUGAAAGUUUGCAAAAUUUAACAACGUUACACAGCCUGAGGAAUUCGGGACCAAGGUUACCACUGCCAGAAUCCAGCAGGGAAUUCAGGGAAAGAGUAGAAAGAUUUCUGGUGAAUCAGGCAGCGCAUCGCGUCGUCGAGGGAUCCUGUUCUUAAAAUGAAAAUAACAGAGACAAUUAAAUUGCGAAUUACGAUAUUUAAUACCGAUAGCAACUUUGAAUAUCAAUAUUCCUUGUAAUAUAACAGUUUACGCGUAAUCUUCGAUCUCAGAACGUAUGCAAGUACAAUGACUCGCGCAGGUAUUUCAAGUUCGGUAUUAUUAGUAGUAUGUUGAUAAAAAUUGACGAUGGUCGACAUCGUUCCUGGUAACAGGAACAAAAUUUCGCUGUCGAUAAUAUUUGCCAGUAACCAAACAAUUUUUAAUCAUUUGUAACAAAUAAUCUGAUAGAUUCAAAUGUGGAAGGCGCAUAAGCCAUUUGAAAAUAGGCGAUGAACAAUGUUUUGUAAGAAACGAAUAAUAUUAGUCUAAUUGUUAUGCAUGUUGGUUGAUCUUAAUUAAUAUGUUUAAUAUUUUUCAAAUUGACAGAAAUAUAUAUUUUAUCCGAAAGAUAGUUUCGACGUGGAAUUGACUGACAGCGUGUUGAAUUUAAAAAUUGUUCUUUCAUGGGUGACAGGAAAUGUGACUCGUCGUGUUUUUCAUCUACGAUCUUUAUGUUCAUGAAAGGUUUCUAUAAGUGAGCCAUUGUAUCUUUGCACUUAUACGAGUACUACAGUAGAUUAGUAGUAUGACCUGUUUGAUAUCACAAUUUUAAUGAUUAUCACGCGCUAUAUAUCCAGCUGAUGUAAUAAAGUUUCACGCAACGA